CCAAGAUUCCUUUGUGAUUAUUUAUUUUUUUGGAUGUACUGCUACGCCAGUAUUUAUUCACAAAAAUGUAAUUUCUAUAAAAAUGGAUAACCUGAUAGAGGGCUCUACUUGUUUCGUUGUGAGUGAAGAUGGCCUUAGUGAUCUAGAUGGAAGCGGUACUCUGCUCUUCCAGCCUGGACAAUCUGUUCAACUUGAGGAUGGAACUACUGCAUAUAUAACCGCCUCUGGCCUUGAUGAUGAAUCUCUUCAUCAAAUUGAAAUGGAAAAUGGUGAAACAGCCUUCAUCGCCCUUAGUCACACUGAUGCUGAUCCUCUUACUCUUGACCAAAGUUGUUACACUGAAAUAGAUCAAGAAGAAGAGGAAGAAGAAUCUGCUCCAUCAAAGAAAAAAAUUGUUUUGGACAAGAAAGAAAUAAUUUCAAUUUCAGACAACUCUGAACUGGCGUAUUCUCUUGGACUAGAGGAUGAGCAAGGCACAUUUUCUAUUCUCCAGUACAGUGCUGAAGAGUCUAAUGAUGGCCAAGAACAUGGUUCUGUGAAGCACAUUCUCCUAGAAGAAGAUGACCUUAGCCAAAGUAGCACUAUAAAUGGAAAGGCAGUGUCCAAGGGAAGUAUUCUAAUAAACCCUGAUGAUCCCAUGGCUUCUGGAGACAGCUUAAAUGAUGAGAGCUGCAAUGAUGAAAAUGAAAGUGUAUUCUUUCACCAAGACUCAGAAGAUGAUGAUGAAGAUGAAAUUGACGAUGAUGAGGAGGAGGAUUACUCUGCUAUCAGAUUAAAGGCAACAAAUAUAUCUCGAAGAAAAUUUGUUAAACCUGGGAAAGCCAAGUCUUACUCUUGCAAUGUUGAAGGAUGUUCAAAAACUUAUACCGCCCUUCACCAUUUGAAAGUACAUGCAAGGACUCACACUGGUGAUCGUCCAUUCCUCUGCACUGAGCCUUCAUGUGACAAACGGUUUGGAACUAAUUAUGCCUUGAAGGCUCAUAUCAGGACGCACACCGGUGAAAAACCUUACCUUUGUCCUGAAGACAAUUGUGGCAAGGGUUUCAAAACAUCUGGAGAUUUACAGAAGCACAUCAGAACUCACACUGGAGAACGCCCUUUUAAAUGUAAUGUGCCAGGAUGUGAUAGAUCAUUCACUACUUCUAACAUCCGCAAGGUCCAUGUUAGGACACAUACAGGAGAGCGUCCAUAUGAAUGUACAGAACCUGGUUGUGGGCGGGCGUUUGCAUCAGCCACUAAUUUCAAGAACCACAUGAGAAUUCACUCCGGAGAAAAACCUUACAUGUGUAAUGUGAAGAUGUGUGGACGAAGAUUUACUGAGUACUCAUCGCUAUAUAAACACCAAACUGUUCACACUCAACAAAAGCCCUAUGAAUGUAGAGAAUGUGGGCGUAAUUAUCGACAAUCUUCAACUCUCACAAUGCACCGUCGCACUGCUCAUGGUAUCAUCCAGGCAACAGAUGGGUCUGAAAUUGUUUUAAAAUUCCCAGCACCAGAGAGUUAUAUGUUUUUGGAGCUAGGAGAAAAUGAUACUCUCGUCUCAUUCAAUUCCAAUCAAGUUCUGGAAUCCAUUGAAACUUCAACCCCAUCUCCUGCCCUACCUGUUAGGACAGACAAUGAUAGUGAAGAUGAAGAUAUUGUCAUAACGCCAACAAUUUCUAUGGAUGAUGAUGAUAGUAGUCUCAAACAAAUUUUUGUUGUAACAGAGGAAGGUGACAUCACUGCCUAUGAUGAGAAUUUUGAUCCCCUUGAGAGUUCGGUGGUGUGAUUGGAGCUCAAGGAAGAUCAUCUCUAGCUCUUCAGAUCAUGGAAUAGAAUCUGUUGUCAAAGGAACAGUAUAUGUUUUUGUUCUACUCUGUUGUUAUGCACAAAACUUAUCUAAACCCAUACUCUACUGAAUUAAAUUUUGUUGCCAAAUGUACUUUGACCAGGUUUGAAUAGAUCCUCAAUGCCAAACAAUGCAUAAUUUCGCUUUUUGUGCCCUUGUUAUUUGUCUCAUUUAUAAAAUGCUACGAUUUUCUUCAAUUUGCUUGUGUCAUGUUAUUACUUCUUGAAUUUGUUGUAUUGUAACCUUUCGACAUUCUCUUGAUGGGGCUUACCGUGCAUGUGAAAGGGUGUGCUCAAGGCAAAAGAAGUAACUAUGACAACUGUGAUAGAAAAUCCUUUCUUCUCUUUUUCCAGUUUGAAAUGUGUGUACAUAGUGAUUUCGAAUGAUCUCAUUGUAACCUAGCUAGCAAUUGUUAACAAAUGUGAUAUUUUCCUUACCUACUGAGUCAUCUUAUCUCCAUUUAAUGUUUGUACUAAGGCUUAUUCAAUCGUGUUUUUAACAUUUACCUAGAGUUAAGAUUUGUCAUUAUGUGAUGUGGUUCUCUACAAUGAGUCUGUGUGUGAGCUUACAAGAAUUUGUGUUGGUUUGAAGGAUUUCUGCCAAUGUAAUUCUGUUAUUUGGGUAUGUGCCUUUUUGUUUGUUGUGAAGAUUUUUGUUUGUUUGCUUGAUUUUUGUUGUAAUUUAGAAAGAGACUCGUAAUUAUUUUGUUUCUAAGCAUACUAUAGAAAUGUAUUUUCUUUCUCAUUGCAUUUUAAAAAUAUAUUACCAAUGAAAACAAUAUUUGCCAAGUAAAUAUUUGUAAAACACAGUUUUUUAAAGGUUAUCACCACUGCAUCAGUGGCAAGUUUGACUCCACAUUGAAUUUUGGGCUGUUUUAUUGCCUGACUGUGAAAAACAUGACUCUUUUCCAGUCUUUUGAUAUGUCCUUUUUUCAACUGUGGGGAUGCAUAAGCCUCUCUGCUAGUUGACUAGUCUGUGCAAUAUUGUUCCAAUGGUCUUCAAGGGGUAUAUUUUACCCUACUUCUGUAACUAGUAACAUGUGUAAUUGUGUGAACUAUUUUCAGUACCUGUAACUGCAAUCGCUGAGGUAUCCAUUUAAAUUACCACUGUUUUCCCCAUUUUUUCCCGUUUUUUUUAAAAAUAAAAUGUUGUUUUGUUAUUGAUGCAUUAUUAAAGACGUGAACUGCGAACUUUU